AUGCACCUCUACCUCACCUCCAACUCCCCCUGGGACACAACAUACUGCACCGAGUCCGGGCAGGUGAUCUACAAAGCAGAGUCGCGCGCGUUACUCGGCCCACGACAUAUCACCAUCUCCAAAGUCCAGCCUGCACGCACCAUUGACCUCGACGCCGAUGGCAAAGUUCCCGAGGAGGCGCUAAGGGACGCGUUUACAGAGCUCGGAAAGGUCGAGUGGCACGCUAUCACGUAUUCCAAGAUUCGGGUUGGUGAUGGGGAAGAGGUGUCGGUGAAAGACUUCUUUCGGAAGGAUGGAUGGGACUCUUACGGCAAAAUCGGAGUCGAUGGCUUAUUAGGCAGAGGGCGGGUAUUCACUGGCCUAGACGGUAAAGAAUAUGUCUGGAAGAUGGACUCCACCAAGCCAAAGCUGUACGCAUUCGCCAAGAAAGGCGAAAACGAAACCCUCGUCGCCAAUUUCCACCAGCAACACUUUGGCCUGGUAGGCAAGGCGAGACCAGCUUCUCUCGAGAUCCAACCUGAAUUUAACCACAUGGCCGACAUAAUCGUGAUAACGCUCAUAUAUAUCGAGAAGUUGAGGAGGGAGAAGGCGGGACAGAAUUCGGGAGGCGAUUGA